AUGAGGGCAGGGCUGCCCUGUGCUCGGCUGUGCUGGCCGCCCUACAGCCCCACAGGGGUGGAGGAGAAGGUGGAGGAGAAGGUGGAGGAGAAGGUGGAGGAGAAGGUGGAGGAGAAGGUGGAGGAGAAGGUGGAGGAGAAGGUGGAGGAGAAGGUGGAGGAGAAGGUGGAGGAGAAGGUGGAGGAGAAGGUGGAGGAGAAGGUGGAGGAGAAGGUGGAGGAGAAGGUGGAGGAGAAGGUGGAGGAGAAGGUGGAGGAGAAGGUGGAGGAGAAGGUGGAGGAGAAGGUGGAGGAGAAGGUGGAGGAGAAGGUGGAGGAGAAGGUGGAGGAGAAGGUGGAGGAGAAGGUGGAGGAGAAGGUGGAGGAGAAGGUGGAGGAGUGGGGUGUUGGAGACGUAAGAGAGAGGGGCGGGUUAGGGGAGAGGGGCUAG